AUGCAAGAAAGUUUCAGUCGCUGGCCUUUCGGUCUCGAUGUUAUCAAAAAAUCAUUGAAAGCCGACAGGGGAAAAUUCUUUCCGAUCUUCCUCCAAAGAAAUGCUGAAGGUUAUGGUAUCACAUGGAAAUAUUCCAUCCUGGGCACAUCUAGUCUUUUUACAGUAGAUCCCGAAAAUAUCAAAGCCAUCCUAGCGACACAAUUUGACGAUUUUGAUCUCGGGCCACUGAGGAGAGGAGCCUUUUGGCCCAUGCUUGGGAAUGGCAUAUUUACACAGGAUGGCCAUGGGUGGAAGGUGUCGAGGGAUAUGAUGAGACCUCAAUUCACUCGGGAGCAGAUCAGUGAUAUUGAAGUAGAGGAGAAACAUGUUCAAAAUUUGAUGAAAGCUAUUGAUGCCAGACUUCAAAAUGGAUGGACUGAAGAGAUAGAUCUACAGGUUCUGUUCUUUCGCCUUACGAUGGAUUCUGCAACGGAAGUUCUACUCGGACAGUCUGCUGAUAGUCAGCUUUUCGACUUACCAGGACGUCACAACUCAGCCGAGAUUGAUAGAAUUGACUUUGCAACUGCAUUCGACAAUGCGCUAUCCUGGGUCUCUACCCGAGGCCGUUUUGCUGAUAAAUAUUGGCUGGCCACCAGUAAAGACUUCACAAACUCUUGCAAUGAAUGCAACGAGUACGUCGAUCAUUUUGUGCAACUCGCUCUCACCAGAAGCUCGCUAGGCGAAUCUCAGGACGAAAACGAUCUAUCUAGUACUAAGAAAAAAUACAUCUUCCUCGAUGCCCUGGCAAAAGAAACACAGGAUCCAAUUGAGCUCCGUUCUCAAUGCUUGCACUUGCUCCUAGCAGGCAGAGAUACCACCGCCUCUUUACUGGGAUGGUUAUUUCUUUCCCUUGCUCAGAAUCCUAAUUAUUACCAAAAAUUACGCAAUAUCGUAAUCGAGAAUUUCGGAACUUACGAAAAUCCUUCCGAAAUAACCUUUUCCGGUCUCAAAAAUUGCCAGUAUCUUCAGUAUUGUAUGAAUGAAGCUUUGAGACUUUAUCCGCCGGUACCCUUCAACGGUAGACAUGCAAAUAAGGACACAACACUACCUUGUAGUGGUGGAAAGGAUGGGAAAUCGAAGAUCUUUAUUCCAAAAGGGUCGUAUACUGAAUAUAGCGUUUUUGUCAUGCAUCGCAGAAAAGAUAUAUGGGGUGAAGACGCCGACGACUUUCGGCCAGAGAGGUGGGAGGGAAAGAAGGUUGGGUGGGAAUUUUUACCGUUUAAUGGCGGCCCGAGGGUGUGUAUUGGACAGCAAUUUGCGUUAACGGAAGCCGGAUACCUCAUUGUAAGACUUCUUCAGCGGUUCGACAUGAUUAAGAAUAUGGAAAUGGACCCUGUGGUGAAGCAUAAUUUGAAGCUUACCGAUGCCUCCGCCAACGGGGUGAAAGUUAAGCUACAUUCCUCCACUACAUGA